AUGGUAAUGCUUCCCCUAUUCUACAGGAGCAAAUACCGUUACCGUAUAGGAAAAAUGCGUCGUCAAAUGACGCGAGCCGGUCUGCGACGUUAUUUAUACACAGCCGCUGCAGUUCUGUUACUUUUCCUGAUGUACCGAUGGUUAACGCGAAGACCUGAAUACAGCGCUAUGUACGGUUAUCGAGGAGAAAUUAUGGGUCCAGGGGCACCGGAAGAGCCGAAACUAAACACCGUUAAACUUGAGGUCUACUUGGAGUCGAUGUGUCCUGAUACAUCACGAUUUAUUCAUACACAAUUAGUUAAAGCGUGGACGAUUUUAUCCCCAACAAAACGAGUAGAGUUGACAUUGGUCCCGUUUGGUAAGGCUCGUUGCGUGGCAAAAGGGGAUGAUUUUGAAUGUUCUUGUCAACAUGGCGGAACCGAAUGUGUACUAAAUCAGCUGAUGAACUGCGUUAUCGAUCGAUUAGGAUUCCCGGAUAAGAUAGUCCCAGUAAUUAAUUGUAUUCAAGGAAAGCAUAGUCUCGAUGACGCGAUGUCUACAUGUGUUGCAAAAAACGUUUUGUUGGACGAGAUACAGAUGCGUGACUGUGCCACAGGGGUUCGUGGACGACGUCUUCUGGCGCUGGCCGGUUCUCGGACAGCAUCGCUUGACCCACGACUCGAUUUCGUUCCGUGGAUUAUGAUCAACAGUGAACGGAACAGUGAUGCACUUUAUGACCUCACCGAAAACCUCUGCAGAACAUUGGAACCAGCACCUGAAGAAUGUACGGAGUACAUGCGUGAAAUAAAGAAACGAUAG